AUGGAGACAGAGAAGGUCGUUCCAGCGGCCUUUGAGCGCCAUAUCUUAGAUGCUACCCACAACGAGACUCUCGAACUUGUCCGCCAUGCACAAGAGAGCGAUGCCGCUGACAGGCAGCUCACCAUCCGCCAGGCCUUGUCCAAGUAUAAGAAGGCGGUCUUCUGGGCCAUGCUCCUGUCCACCAGUCUCGUCAUGGAAGGCUAUGACUUGGUCAUUAUCACGUCGUUCUAUGGCCAAACGCAGUUCCGAACCCGGUUUGGCAUCCAAGACCCGACAACAGGGAAACAUGUUAUCCCGGCCAGGUGGCAGUCGGGUUUAUCAAAUUCGGCCCUUGUUGGCCAACUGGCAGGCCUCUUGGUUAACGCCUACACCCAGGACAAGUUUGGCUGUCGACCCACGAUGAUGGUGUUUAUGGUCUGGAUGGCAGUGGUCCUCUUCAUCCCCGUUUUCGCGCCUUCGCUUUCGGUCUUGGCCUUUGGCGAAGCGAUGUGUGGGAUCCCCUGGGGUGUCUUCCAGCAGACGCUCUCGACGACGUAUGCUUGUGAAGUCGUCCCCACAAUCCUUCGGCCAUACGUGACGGCGUACGUCUGCAUGUGUUGGGGAGCAGGUAUCCUCCUUUCGUCCGGCGUCGUACGAGCUGUUGCUGGCAUCGAGGGCAACCUCGGCUGGAGGCUGCCUUUUGCACUCCAAUUUGUCUGGCCUGUUCCCUUGUUCAUUGGCGCCUACUUUGCCCCCGAGUCUCCGUGGAAUGCCGUUCGCCGCGGCAAGUUCGAACUUGCGCGAAGGAGUUUGCAGCGCCUCAGGCAAGAAACGCCCAACAAGGAGAGGGAGGUCGAUGCCAGUUUGGCCUAUAUCAAAUACACCACAGAACUUGAAAGAGCCGAGACGGAGGGUGCUAGCUUCCUCGAGUUGUUUAGGGGAACGAAUUUGCGUCGCACCGAGAUUAACUGCGUCGUUUGGGCGGCACAGAUCCUUUGCGGCAAUGCUAUCCUUGGCUAUUCCGUCGUGUUCCUCGAAGCCGCCGGCUUUUCUGAACUUCAAGCAUUCGACGUCAACAUUUCCCUCUCCGCCUGCUAUAUCAUUGGCGGCAUCAUCUGUUGGUUGAUGUUCCCUCAUUUCGGGAGAGCGACCAUCUAUAUGGGAGGCUUGACGCUCAUGUUUUUCUGCCUCGUCGCGAUCGGCGGUCUCGGAUGGUCUUCAUCCAAACAUGCCCAAUUGGCCAUUGGCAUCUUGCUGGUUGUCUCGACCCUCAUCAAUAUGAUCACUGUCGGACCCGCCUGCUAUCCCAUCGUCGCGGAGACCCCGUCGGGAAGACUGAGGUAUAAGACCAUCGUGAUUGGAAGAUUCGUCUACAAUCUGACGGGCAUCUUCAACAACUCGGUGACGCCUCGGAUGAUUGCAGCCGAUUCUUGGAACUGGGGUGCAAAGACGGGCCUGUUCUAUGCAGGCACCAACCUCCUCUGCAACAUUUGGUGCUGGUUUCGCCUUCCCGAGACCAAGGAUCGUUCCUUUGGUGAGAUUGAUCUCAUGUUUGAGAAUCAUGUCCCGGCAAGAAAGUUCAAACACACCAAAGUGGACCAAUUCGCCAUAGGCCAAGCCACUCAGAAAGAGAUUGAAGCAUCGGAGAAGCAUGCCAGUGCUGAACAUCGAGAUGUUGCCGCAGUCGCAUUGUGA